GCAAAGCUAACAACGCAAUGCUUGCAAAAUCUCUGCAGUAGGUUUCGGAAAUCAUUUUUUUCUUUUUUAACCCUAAUAAUAUGCGCUCAUCUCAAGGAAAUAUUUUACAAGGGCACGUCUCGCGUACGGCAGAGCGCUAAGCAAUCCGUAAAGCUGCUGUGAUCUGCAAGACCGUUCAUCGAACAUCAGGUUUCUCAUAACGAUAGUGAGCUGACUGACAAGGACCGCAAGGAUGGGACCGUUGGGCCUUCGAAAUACUGCAUUGUUCACGGCAGUUUAUAUUUGCAUAUUCUUGUUGGGGACGCUAAAAGGAUUGCCCGCAGGAGAACAAGGAGACAACGCUGACAAACCUGAAAGACAGCCACAGCGUCCGGUGUGCAACACUACUCAAUGCAAGAAAACAGCAAACUUCAUCCAGGAAAUGUUAAAUGACACUAUUGAUCCGUGCAAUAACUUUUACGACUACGUUUGCCAGAAAUGGAUCAACGCUAAUCCCAUACCCGAAGAUAAAAGUAUGUACGGAAUUACGACGGAGGUGCAAACAAAUCUCGAAAAGGAAUUGAAAUACAUACUUGGAAACGAAACAGUGUGUUUGAAAAUGCCGAUUACUGCGAACAUAACACACAAAAUAUUGAACGCUUAUCAGUCCUGCAUGAAGGAAGAUAGAUGUGACGAAGACGAUUUGGAGGCGCUACGACAGGUAAUGAGGGACUUGGGUGUCGGAUCGUGGCCCGUGUUAUCCACAUAUGAUGAAGUUCCUGACUGGAAAGACACGUUCACCUUGCUUAUGGUGAAACUCAAGUUAACCCCAAUAUUUACAAUUGGUGUCUACCAGGAUGUCAAAAAUGUCACGGAGUAUCUCAUACAGAUGGAUCAGGUCGACUUCGACAUGCCAGGUCGCAAUCAGUUCCUGAACCAGACUGACGAGCACAACUCCAAGAUAAUUGACGCAUAUAAGAAAUACAUUAAGGGAAUUGCCAAGCUUAUGACAGGAGGUAACAUGACAGAAGCGAAUCUUCAAGCCUUUGCCGAUGAAGUAGUAAACCUCGAGACUGAUCUUGCAAAGAGGUCUAGACCUGAGGAAGAGAGGCGUGACUAUGAUGCUAUGUACACGAGGAAAACUGUGAGUGAGCUACAGAAGGAGUUACCUCAGGGCAACUGGUUAAAUUUCUUCAAUGGUAUCCUGACGCAUGUGAAUAUAACAAUAGACGAUCAAGAAAGUGUAGUAAUAUGGGAAAGCGAGUACUACAAUUCGACAUUACGCUUCCUCGAUACAGUGAACAGGACUACCCUGCAUAACUACCUUGGACUUAAGGUCGUCUCCACACUGGGACCACAUACGAGCGACAAAUUUCGUGACCUGUUGUUCAACUUCGACACGGUUGCUGCGGGGGUCAAAAAGCAAAGGGCGAAAUGGACAAGGUGCGUGGAAGACAUUCAAAGGACAGCACAACAUGCACUGGGUCGUAUCUACGUGGAGAAAAUGUUCGGCCUUGAAGCGAAGAAAGAGAUGGACCUACUGGUCACGGAACUAAAGCGGACGUUUCACACACUUAUUGAAAAUAAGACCUGGAUGGACGACGAGACUAGAGCAGAGGCUAUAAAGAAGGUUGCUGGUAUGGGAAGCAAGAUAGGGUAUCCUGACUGGCUGAUGAAUAAUACGUUUUUAGAAGAAAAGUACGAAUACGUAAAAAACUUCAACCUGAAGACACCGUACGUAACUAUAAUGGCCAACCUCAUGGAAAACAAAGCCUUGCAAGCCCUGCGGCGUCUUCACACCUAUCACAACAAGACCGUUGAAUGGCACACCGGAGCAGCUGUGGUGAAUGCCUUCUACUACCCUGUCAGUAACGACGUCACAUUCCCUGCCGGUAUUCUUCAAGCCCCCUUCUACGAGUAUGGAGUGCCAGUGUCAUUCAUCAUGGGAGGAAUAGGAGCUGUCAUUGGCCACGAAGUUACUCACGCUUUCGACGACACAGGCAGCCAAUUUGAUGCAGAAGGGAAAUUGCACAACUGGUGGAGCAAGGAAACGAGAGCUGCAUUUAAGGAACGUGCGCAAUGCUUCAUUGCUCAGUAUGGAAAUAUCACGGACGAUGACACGUCAUUACAGCUUAACGGCGUUAACACACAAGGAGAAAAUAUCGCAGACAAUGGUGGCCUCAUCGGAGCCUUUCUUACGCACAAAACCCUUCUUCGCGGAGGACAUGGAUACGAAGAUUUAGCCCUGCCUGGCCUCGAAAACAUGACGGGGGAUCAGCUGUUCUUCAUUUCGUAUGCUGUGGGCUGGCUUGACCAUGUGCUCUGGAAUGCGCAACUGCAGGCAGUUGUUCCUUUCAGCCAUGUGCCUCUUGUUGUUAUUAUGACUCAUGGUGUGAAGACAUACGCAACGAGGAGCUGAGACAAAUGAUUGAAUACGACACCCACGCGCCUCCAAAGUACAGGGUUACUGUGCCCCUGAGCAACAUGGACGAAUUUUCUGCAGCGUUUGGCUGCUCAGGAGGCGCAUCAAGGGAUCAGCGCGCGAAAUGUGCAGUUUGGUGACAUACAUAAAUGAUUCAUAUCCGCA